AUGAAAUUUUCUUCGUUGCAUAAAUAUAUCCGUCGUGCGAUCCAAUAUAAACGAACUGAAGUUAACAAAACUAAGUCAUUCUCGUAUACCACUUAUGUGAUAAAGGAAUUUUUAAUUCGAUUAGGAAAAUCAAUUGGAAUUUUAUCCGUACCUGUCGUAUUUAUUGAUGUUGUUGGCUAUCCAGCAAGUAUUAUUGGAUCAUCAAUGGAGCCAACAUUAUAUGGUAGUAGCAACAAAUGGUGGAAACGAGAUAUUGUUUGGUUAUCACGUUUUGGUUUACAAACACCAGAAAUUGGACAGAUUUACACGUUUAUCCCACCGAAUGAUCCUGAGACACGUCACAUCAAACGUAUCACUGCUAUGGAUGGUGACAUAAUCAGGCCAAAACGAGGACCAAGUUUUUUGGAAAUACCAACUGGUUGUUAUUGGAUGGAAUCUGACAAUCCUAAUAAUUAUUGCGAUAGUAGAUUGUAUGGUCCGGUUUCCGGUGGAUUGUUAACAGCUCGAGCUACACAUAUCAUUUGGCCUCCGAAACGAUGGUGUACCAUUAAAACAGAAGUAUUCGAACACAGCACUGUUCCAGUUUCAAAACGAUACUCAUUUUUCGGGAUAAAUUUUCCAUGGUAA